AUCUUGAAUCCUUUCACCUAAAUUAGAAGACGGCGGUAAUAGCGGUGGCUCAAGUCUCACGCUGUUUCUCUUUAAUGACCCCGACCCGACAACUUCCUCUCUCUUUCUUUCUUUUCCUUGUAUUUUUUCCUCUCAUAAUAUUCUCUCCCCUCAUUUCCUUGCACUAUCAAUUUUGCUUCUCGAAUGUAUGACAAAUCUUCCGUUCAUUUUGGACCAAUAAUAGAAAAGUCUCAUUUCCCUUUUUAUUUUAUUCAUAAUUCAAUAUAAUACAAUUUAUUUUGUUUUUAUUAUAAUGUUUUAAAACCUUAUUAUAUUAUUAUUAUUAUUUCCCUUCCCUCUGAAUCUACCUUACUUUCUUUAUUCCCGUUCAACCCAAGCGUCCAACCUCGAAAUUUCAACUUUCUAUUGCAAUACCAAGAGGGAAUUGAUUGUCUCUCAGGGGUAUUGUUGUUCUGACACUUGGUGUGUUGAAGAAAGGGUAUCAUCCUUUCUACCCGUGUUUUGCAUUGUGGACAGAGAUUGAGAACUAGCAUCUGUAAGAGUCCUCGGAUUGUUUUUCUGCUGCAUGUGGUGUCACCUUCGCUGUGCCACAUCUUUUUAUCCAUGGGGGAGUGGAUUGUUGGAGCUUUCAUCAACCUCUUUGGCAGUAUUGCAAUAAACUUUGGGACCAAUCUUCUCAAAUUAGGGCAUAAUGAGAGAGAAAGACAUGUACUUGGAAGUGAUGGGUUAAAUGGAAAAAUGACACUGAAGCCUAUUAUAUACUUUCAGAGUUGGAGAAUUGGUAUCGUAUUUUUCUUUCUUGGUAACUGCCUUAAUUUUAUUUCCUUUGGGUAUGCUGCUCAGUCUCUUCUUGCAGCACUGGGGUCUGUUCAGUUUGUGUCUAACAUUGCCUUCGCUUACUUUGUGUUGAACAAAAUGGUGACAGUCAAGGUAUUGGUUGCAACAGCUUUCAUUGUUCUUGGAAAUGUUUUCCUAGUCGCUUUUGGCAAUCACCAAUCACCUGUUUAUACACCAGAUCAGUUGACGGAGAAAUAUACCAAUAUUGCAUUCCUUCUAUACCUUCUAGCUUUGAUCUCAAUUGUUGCCUUGCAUCACUGCAUCUACAAGAGAGGAGAACUUCUGCUUGCAGUAUCAGGACAUGACCUCAGACCCUAUUGGAGCAUGCUACUGCCCUUCUCAUAUGCUGUAGUUUCAGGGGCCGUAGGUUCAUGCUCAGUGUUGUUCGCCAAAUCUCUUUCGAAUCUAUUACGACUGGCUAUGUCCAAUGGUUAUCAGUUGCACAGCUGGUUCACAUAUUCCAUGCUUCUAUUAUUUUUUAGUACUGCUGGAUUUUGGAUGACAAGGUUGAAUGAAGGGCUGUCGUUGUAUGAUGCAAUACUUAUUGUACCCAUGUUUCAAAUAGCGUGGACUUUCUUCUCAAUCUGUACAGGAUUUAUAUAUUUUCAGGAAUAUCAGGUAUUUGAUGCGUUAAGGACAACAAUGUUUAUACUUGGAAUGAUGUGUGUGUUCAUUGGCAUUUCUUUGCUGGCCCCUGAUGAAUCAAAAGUUUCAGGUGCUGAGACAAAAGAAAGUUCUUUGGAUUCCAUGGUGUCAUCUCCUUCCAUUUCAACAGAAGUGAACAGGCUGGAAGUGUCUCCGGAAGAAGCACAAAACAAAGACCCAAGAUCGUUUGUCAAAGCAGUGUUACUAAAGAUUACAGAUUUGUUGGUUAAGGCAAAGACUUCUUGUGCAUUAUCUCUUGGUUUUGGGGAGGAUACCAUCCAUGCAUCAUCAGUUCUUGUGAUGCCAAUGAUGUCAUCAAGAAUGACUGGAUUCAGAGGUAACGGGCUCGAGAGGGCUAGAAUUUUGUCCAUGAGAAAUUCUGGUUGGAGCAAGAUCCCAAUGGAUGAAGAUGCUGUGAAAUUGCUUAAUACUAGUUCAAGUGUCCCUCCUAGCCCUUAACUUGAUAGUUCAUAGGAUGUUCCACGGUUCAUUUUUUUCUUCUUGAUUUCCCAUUUUUUAAUGAUUGGAGUAGCUAAGAUAAAAAACCAUCAUAAUUCAAUUAUUUGCUUGUAAUAGGGAAAAAGAGGAUAAAAAAAUUGUUGUAUAUUGUAUAUACAUAUUGUAAAUUUUUGCUUGCAUAAUUGAAAUUU